CGACUUCUAUCCAUAAAGGGGGCGAGAAGAGGGGUUUAUGUGUUAUCAUUUUAAACCCCGCUGAAUCGAAUCGAUAUUUUAUGGUUCUCUUUAGAGCAACCCACUCUUGUCUACCCUCUUAAAUCUCCAAAAGGUUUCGUGAAUCGGCCAUUUUUCUGCUUCCAAUGGCUUGCAGACUCGCUGAUUCUAGUUUCCUUUUGAAGGGUCCCCAACAAAAGCGAAUUCAUGGACAUAGAUUUGUGUCACUGUAUCCAACAGGCACAUCUCUUUUAAAGUGGGAAGCUCUACCUCAACACAAGCCCAAAACCCAAAAAUAUGUAAUUCCUUUACGGAAGGGUAAAAUAGUCAAAGCAGUAGCCAGUCCUAUCACACCACCAUUACCAUCAGACAGUGCAGAAAGAAGACAAGAAUUAUGUGAAAAUUACGGUUUUAGACAAAUUGGAGAAUCACUUCCAGAUAAUAUCACAUUGAAGAACAUCAUCGAUACUCUUCCCAAAUCCGUAUUUGAAAUUGAUAACAUGAAAGCAUGGAAAUCGGUUUUGAUAUCUACCACUUCAUAUGCAUUGGGGCUUUUCAUGAUUGCCAAAUCCCCAUGGUAUCUUCUUCCUUUAGCUUGGGCAUGGACAGGAACUGCAGUUACAGGGUUCUUUGUAAUAGGUCACGAUUGUGCACACAAAUCUUUCUCAAAGAACAAAUUAUUAGAAGAUAUUGUUGGAACUUUGGCCUUUUUACCCUUAAUAUACCCCUAUGAGCCAUGGCGCUUCAAGCAUGACCGACAUCACGCGAAAACAAACAUGUUAAACGAAGACACAGCUUGGCAUCCUGUAAUGAAAAAACAUUUUGAUGAGUCACCAUUUUUCAAAAAGGCAAUUGUAUUUGGAUAUGGUCCUAUUCGCCCCAUCAUGUCUAUAUCACAUUGGUUAAUAUGGCAUUUUAAUUUGAGUAAAUUUAGAUCAAAUGAAAUUGGAAGAGUUAAAAUUAGUCUGGCUUGUGUUUUCGCAUUUAUGGCAAUUGGAUGGCCGUUGAUUGUGUAUAAAGUCGGGAUAGUUGGAUGGAUAAAGUUUUGGCUAAUGCCGUGGCUGGGCUAUCAUUUUUGGAUGAGCACUUUCACGAUGGUUCACCACACGGCGCCUCACAUACCUUUCAAAUCGUCGGAAGAGUGGAAUCCGGCUCAGGCCCAACUUAGUGGAACCGUGCAUUGUGAUUAUCCUCGAUGGAUAGAGAUCCUUUGUCAUGAUAUCAAUGUUCAUAUUCCUCACCAUGUCUCCUCAAAGAUUCCAAGCUACAAUUUGAGAAUGGCUCAUAAAGCACUUCAAGAAAAUUGGGGAAAAUAUAUGAACGAGGCAUCAUGGAACUGGCGGUUAAUGAAGACAAUCUUGACAGUCUGCCACGUGUACAAUGAGGAGCGUAAUUAUAUCUCUUUUGAAGAGGUUGCUCCUGAGAUAUCGGAGCCGAUCAGAUUUCUUAGACGGGUUAUGCCCGAUUACGCCUAAUAUUUUGUUUUUUUAAUUUUUGUUUGAGGUUAUUUAUUUUUAAUUGUUUAUUUGCUUUUCUUAUUUAUACUAUUUUUCUGAAUAAAGCUUCUUGUUGGCUCAUUACAAUAAAACUAAAUUGAA